AAACAUUAGCCCUCACUUGCGCCCUCGGGGUUUAUGGUUCAGCCGUUAGGCUCGGUGCUUCUGCGCAUGCGCAUCUAUCCAAUCAUUUCCGGGCGACGAGACUGCUAAGGAUGUUGGGGUAUAUCUGGCAGUGUUUCUAUUCCUCGUGUCUGCGCUUCUGGUUGAAAUGGUUCCUCCGGCUGGUGACGGGAAGAUGCGAGCUGCAGCGCAUUUGUGCCCGAUGCAAAGCUGGAGCGCUGAGGACUUCACAGAUAGAGUACUCUCUGAAGUCCUCCAAAAGCAAGGUAUUGCGAGCAGCUUUAUCUUUGAAAGAGAAAGAUUUGGAUGACCAUCUGACUCAAAUAAUCCAGGAAAAGAAAAUCAAGGAGCAAAAAGAUCCUACGUUUAAGGUGAAUCUCCGUCAAUGCUUGUUACAAAUCAACGGAUAUAACGAGUUGUUUGAGGUGGUUGAGGAACUAAGAAAACUGGUGUAUGACUCUGAAAAUGAGGAGCAUGAGAACAUGCUUCUGAAGUUGUGGGACUUGUUAAUGCCGUCAGUGAAGCUGGAAACGAGGAUCACUAAGCAGUGGGGAAACAUUGGUUUCCAGGGUGACGAUCCCAAGACUGAUUUCAGAGGAAUGGGGAUGCUGGGACUCACAAACCUCCUUUUUUUCAGUGAGAAUUACACAGACGCAGCCCGGCAGGUCCUGUCGCACGCAAAUCACCCCAGUCUAGGGUACUCGUAUGCCAUAGUGGGGAUCAAUCUAACAGAGAUGGCUUACAGCUUAAUGAAGAGUGAUGCUCUGAAGCUUCAUUUCUACAACACAGUAUCUGGAAAGCCCCAAAUGCAACACUUCCAUCAGUUCUACUGUUACCUGGCGUAUGAGUUUGACAAGUUCUGGUUGGAAGAGGAGCCGGAGAGCAUCAUGGAGUUCAAUCGCUACAGGGAGAAGUUUCACGACAAGGUCAAAGGUCAACUUCUGAUGCCGGAGGUCACGCUUCUCAUGAGUGUGGACCAGAAGAAGUGAUUCCAGCGUCAUUUUACAGACAAAAGGAAAUGGCACCCAUUUGAUUUUCUUUUCUUUUUCCAUUGAUUUCAUGAUAGUUUUUAGUUGGGAAAUGUACAUCGUGCAUGAAACUUUAUUUGAUUAUUUAAUAACUGAACAACUGUACAUCAAGAGUACAUAGCUGAUUGUUUAGCUACAUUGACCUGGUCAGGGAACAGACUUACACCAAGUAUUACUAAUAAUACUUUCAAAGUGAUGUUUUAAACUCCAAUGAGUAAAUUGGAAUUCCCUUCACACUUGAACGUUUUGGUUGUGGUCACAUGACUCCUGCUUC